AUGAAACCAAUUUCAUUUGCCAUUAUCCUUACCGGUCUUAUUGGCUAUUCUGGAGCUGAUAGUACGAAUUGUGCCGCUGCUGGCCUUGAACUGAUCUUCACUCCAGGCCAGAUGACACAGAUAGGGGGGGUCCCAUUGGAUACGAACCUAUCCUAUGCCACCCUUACGUUCGAUGACUUGCCGCGAAUUAUUAACUUCCCACCCUUCCACUUGGCCAACUGCUCUGCGGGAGAGGACUUGAUUCAGCAGGUCUCCCUCAGCCCAUACGUUCCCUCCGGUUCGGGUAAACUUACCUUUACCAGUAGCAAUGUGACGUGUUACAGCGUUCUUGUCGUCCCCCCUGCUCUGUCCCAGCGGAGGGUCAGGCCGCGUGUGACUGAGAACCAAAUUGCUUCAGUCUGCAGCAAGAAUAACUACAGGAAUCAAUCAGACGCUUCGGGAUUUUCGACUGCUGUUGCUGCUUCAACAUGGACUUCGGCCCGCAUUACCAGUGCCAGGCAGAGCAACAUGGCUUCAGCAUCUUCUAGAUCGAUAGACGAGGGAUCGAGGCCAUUGCCCAUGAGCAGUAAACUCUCUAUAGGCUCUAGUAUACCAUUAGCACCUCCAGCCGCGUCAAUUACAUCUACAACUGAUGGAAGCCGCGACAAAACCAAAGAUGCUUCCCCUACGAACCUUCCUGCCCCAAUUGCAAGUACAGUCGAUUCGAUAUCUAGCGAUAGUAGCUCUGCACCUAUGACGUGUCACUGCCCUGAUUCAUGA